AUGCGGAACGAAGUCUCUCUUGCUGACACGAUCCUCAAAGCACUUGAGAAUGAAUUCAGGGGCAAAAGCAUCUCGCGUGUGAUACAGUCUUUUCGCAAUGUCGUAGAUGGGAAGAAAUUGGAAGUCAACGAGGGUGAAAUCACUCACCAAAGGGCGACGAGUUUCAUCGAAGGCCUCGAUGCAACUCCGUUUAUAGAAGAUUUCGAUAACGAUUAUCAGUGGGUUCGUCAUCUGGAAAACAACUGGGAAACUAUUGCUGCAGAACUUAGAGAAGCUAUGAAACAAAAAGACAUCCAGAGGAAAGGUAACAAUAUUUGGGCACCUCCCGUAGUCGAAGCAGCAAAUGCAUACGGCCCAGACUGGAGAACUCUUGUUUUACAAGAUAGGGUUUGGGAUCCAGUGAAUAUCAACCUUUUUCCUAAGACCACAGCCAUUCUCCAGGACAGUGAAGCGCAUGUACCAUCGGUGGAGGCCUUCUUUGCCCGUCAGGCUGCUGGUACUGGAAUAAAACUGCACACUGACGAUUGCAACUUUAUUCUCACGAUGCAUUUAGCUCUGAGCGCUCCAGAGAAGCAGUCCUGGAUUGAAGUGGCCGGUGAACGAAGGUAUUGGGAAAAUGGUAAGGGUCUAGUCUUCAACACAAGCUUCUUUCAUCAGACCAUGAAUGAGUCGAACGAACAAGACAGAGUUGUGCUCCUCAUUCGUUUUUGGCAUCCUCAGCUGCGGCCCAUUGAACGGGAAGCACUCAGUUUCCUUUUUCAGGCCAUAGAUAACCCGGAUGGUCAUCCCUCAGUUGUGAAAGCUCGACGGCAACUACGGGCCCAAGGCUCGAGCCCACCCCAAAGGCCUAGAGGCCGUGGCUUUGGGGCGUAG